GUCUGUGCCGAUAACAACCACGUCCGCACCUGGACGGUGACGCGCUUCCGCGGCAUGAUCUCCACGCAGCCGGGCUCCACCCCGCUGGCCUCCUUCAAGAUCCUGUCCCUGGAGGACCUCGACGGGCACGCAGGCUGCAGCGCCGGCACUGACAUCGGGCCCUUCGGAGAGCGGGACGACCAGCAGGUUUUCAUCCAGAAGGUGGUUCCAGAUGCCAGCCAGGUCUUCGUGCGUCUCUCCUCCACCGGCAAGAGGAUCUGCGAGGUGCGCUCCGUGGACAGCACGGCCAUCACCUCCUUCACGGUGCACGAGUGCGAAGGCUCCAGCCGCAUCGGCUCCCGGCCGCGCCGCUACCUCUUCACGGGCCAUGCCAACGGCAGCCUCCAGAUGUGGGACCUGACCACCGCCAUGGAGAUGCUGGGCAAGCCGCCAG